AUGGCGGAAAAUCUACCAAAACUUCAAGCAUCGCGAGCGGGCUAUCGGGCCCAUUUGACACAAACAAUCAAGAAAGCUACAAAUAUUGCAACGAAGGAGGAUCCCCUAACGGACAGUGAUAUUACAUCUUUAAAGAGAAUCGUUGAUCAAUUAGCUCGGAAAAGGUCGAUUCUAGAAGAACUAGAUGAGAAAAUCGUAGGCAUGAUCGAAGACCCAAAGGAACUGGAGAGAGAAAUAUUCCAAACCGAGGACAUCAAAGAAGAAAUUGACGAGACAGCAGCUCAGAUAAGUAACACUAUUGAACAUUUUCAAUCUACAAAAUUGUCUCAAAGUAACUCCCCCUCUGAAGUAACUCAAGUAAUCUUAGAAAAUACAAGCAGUCAAUCCCCAUCAACAACAGUGAACACAAAUGAUCAAACAGACUCAGGGCCCCCUAAUGAAAUUGUUCAACAAGAUAAUUCCCCCCCUGUAAACACACAAUCACAACAAGAUAGUCAACCCUCUACAAAUGCACAAUCACAGCAAGAUAGUCAACCCUCUACAAAUGCACAGUCACAACAAGAUGGUCACCCCGCUACAAACACACAAUUUCACCAAGAGACCCCAGUUAUACCA